CUUCCCUCGCCAGCCUGAAGCUAACGGAGGGAUCAGAAAAGUAUCCAAGAUUUAUAACUCAGUAUUGUGUGUGUGUGGUAAUAGUUUAGCGACUUCGGUGCUAUAUAUAUGUCCUCUAGCGGAGCUUUAAUAAUCCAGUACGCUAAUAGAUACGAGCAGCCGUCUAUGGAUAAAACACCUGUGAGAAAAACAUCAGAGCAUGAAGCACCUGAGCAGAGAGGGGCCAGUGUGGGCAAGCCGAUGAGUGCUGCGCUGAAGGACAGAUUAAAAAGAACACGGCGUUCUUUUACGUCCCCACUCAGUGUGGUUAAAAGACUUAAAAUUGAUGAGGAUGAGGUCCCACAGGCUUCAAACAAGGAGACGACCCCGGGGGACGAAGGCGUAAUUGAUGUCAACAGAAAUGAGACUGCAAGAGAAGACUGUCUGAAGAGCUUGGUGUCAGAUUGUGCUCAACGCUCUCAAUGUGAAUUACUUCAUCUUCGGGAGAAGUUAAAGAAAGAUGUUAAGGAGAAAUCUGAAACUUUACGAAGGCUUAAGAUGGUCAAAAUGUACAGAAAGAAGAAUGAUCUGACACAGCUGCAAGGACUGAUCGGUAAAUGGAGGCAAUGUGCUCAAGCAGCACUGUAUGAACUACAAACAGAAUUGCCUACAGAUGGCCAGAAGGCCAGUCUCUCCCAGCUCAUUGACCAUUUUGGACUGGAGGACAGUAUACUUCACUUCAACAGGACAGAGGAGGAAUUCACAGACAGCUGAUACACGAAUCCAGUGUUUUUAUGUUAUUCAUAAUCAGCUUUCAGGUGUUUGAAUCUGUCUCUUUAAAGUGUUUAAAUCCACCAAACUGACAAUGCAGGAAGAAAAUGGUCCCUGAUUCUUGUUUUGUUCAAAAGAAAUAACUCAUAUUACAAAUGGAAUUUACAGAUGGUGCAUCUGGUAGAUUUAUUUUAUUCGUUUGCACUUUGUGGCACAUUCCUCAGUGCGGUCUCAUGUAAUGUGGAUGCAUGUUUGUGUUCUAUGUUUAGUUAAAAUGUGAUUGUAAAUAAAGUUAGAGAACAUUCAUAU